AUGGAAGUGCUAUCCCACUAUACAUCUCCGGUGAUCGAGUUUGUGGCCACACAGCCGGUGGAACGUCAACAUGCGUUGGUGGACAAUUGUACGGGCAUGGAUCCGAUGCCGCCGAGCACAGAUGCCAGCACCGAGACGCAAGCCAGGCAGGAAGUAAGCACUCAAACGGAGAGCUGUGCAACGGGCACCGCUGAUUAUGAUGUGCGAGCUUUGGCCAAAUGGUUGCAACACAUAUGCCCGAUGGUGGAGCAGGAGUUGCUGCAAGGAAUGACUCCAACGCUGGAGGAGCAUAUCGGGCAAGCAAAUCAACGCAGCUUGCAGGAGGAGGUGCAAGUGCAGACCUAUCAGAAAAUUGCCAUGGGCAGCACGGAGCACUCACAAGGCCUCGCCACUUGGCUGUCCGUGCACACCAACAAUGCCCCCAUCCUGGUGGUCACUAUUGUGGCACCCCAUGACGACUGGUGCGAGCAUAUACAACAGCAACUGCAUCUCUAUGUGCCCAAACGCAUGCCUCACGGUAACUUCGUUGUCUAUACAGAGGCUAAGAAGCUGCCCCUCAAGUCCUGCCUGCGUAGUAUGACCACUAAUCCCCACAACAAGAACAUCUUUGCCGGUGCCAGCAUGGAUGGCGACAUCUACGUCUGGCUCUAUGAGCAGGCACUGGGCGGUGUCGAGAUUAAACAGCUCCACAGUGUAUCUUCGACAAAGGGAGCCGCCGUGGCUCUGGAUUGGGUGAUGGAGCAACGUUUGCUGGUCUGCUAUGCCAACGGUGCAGUGCAGCAAUGGCUGGUGUCCAACCAAAUGCUGAUGGAAUGGGAAUACACACUGCCCGCUACCACGGGAUCCGAGCUGACAGCGAUGCUAUCAUUGGGUCUGGACGACUUUGUUGUCGGAACAAACGAUGGCAGUGUCUACCGUUGUUGGCACAAUGGACGAGGCGCCACUAAAGUUGGCGGCGCAUCCGGGCCCAUUAAACAACUACAAGUAUUGUCCCUGCGUAGACAUCGCUUUAUGGUAUCCACGCUGCUGAAAACCAACAUGAAUGGACAUCGAUUUGUGCUCAGUUGUGAUCUAAGUGGACAGGCCUUUUAUCACGAUAUGCGGAAUAUGGACGAGGAUGCUGCCCAAUUGAUUGUGCAAAUACCGCUGCCCUUUAAGAAUGCUAUAGCGUGCAGUCGGGAUGGCAAUAUUAUCUAUUGUCCAAGCAAUGAUGGAGCUUUGGAGUAUUAUAGAGUCACCGAUGGUGCUCAUGCUUAUGUUAAGGGCGCCUUAAGGGGCAGGGGGAGCCUUAUAAAGGCCAGCGACAAUGGUUGUUGGCUUAUAACCGGAUUAUAUGGCGACGAAUUUCAAAUAUUUUAUAUUGAAAACUAA